AUGGGGUCAGAGCGCGGUCCGGAGGCGCCCGGCGACGCGGGGGCGGAGCGCGGGCAGGUGGCGUCCUGCUUCGCCGGCAAGGACGUCUUCGUGACCGGCGGCUCGGGCUUCAUCGGGCGCGUGCUCAUCGAGAAGCUGCUGCGAGAGGCGCCCGACGUCGGCACCGUCUUCGUGCUGAUGCGCGCCAAGAAGGGCGUGCCGGCCCGCGAGCGCGUCCACAGCUUCACCCAGGUGUCGGUGAGUAGGCAUCCCUUCAGUCGGAAUUACGACUUCACCCAGGUGUCGCUGUUCGACGGGGUGCGCCGCCAGCAGCCGCACGCGAUGAGCAAGGUGCAGGGCGUGGAGGGCGACGUGGCGCUGCUGGGGCUGGGGCUGAGCGACGGCGAUCGCGAGCUGCUGGAGGAGCGCGUCGCCUUCGUCUUCCACGCGGCCGCCAGCGUGCGCUUCAACGACCCGCUGCCCAAGGCCGUGUGCCUCAACACACGCGGCACCAGCGAGCUCUGUGAGAUGGCGCUGCGCAUGCGGCGACUCGAGGCUUUUAUCCACGUGUCAACCGCCUACAGCAAUUGCAACCGACUAGAGAUUGACGAAAAGUUGUACCCUCCUCCAGGCGAUUGGCGGACCUUCAACGAAUUAGUUGACAAGAUGGAUCCUCUGCUUCUGGACAUUCUGACCCCCAAGUUGGUGGAGAAUAGCAUCAAUACCUACAUCUUUACUAAAGCAUUGGCAGAGGACGUAGUGAACAACUACCGACAUCAACUGCCCGUUGGAAUCGUUCGGCCAUCUAUAGUGUGUCCUUCAGUGGAAGAACCCUUCCCAGGUUGGACGGACAACUUUUAUGGGCCGACGACAGUACUGCUGGGUAACGGCAUUGGAGCAUUACAUGUGAAUUUGGCUGAUCCUGAAGUCGACAUGAAUUUAAUACCAGUAGAUUAUGUCGUUCGAGCAAUUAUGUUAUUAGCUGUAAAGCUUGUAAUGCACAGGAGUACAGGUACUCUUCCAAUUUGUAAUGCAACAUCUCAUAACAGACAAUUGCUUAAACUGCAAACAAUUAAAGAAUGCAUGUAUAGUUGUCUGGCUGAACUUAGACUUCCACGUGUUUACAAGUGGUUUUCUUUAAUUCCAAAAAAUAAUGAUUAAAGUUCAUCGUCGAAG